CUGAGCCAGUCGUCCAGGGGAGCGCCAGCCAGCAGGUUUUACUGUUGGAGAGGAUAUGAGAGGAAGUCAGAUGUGGUAACCUGGUAGUUAACCGGCGAGCAGGCCGCUGUACAGCAGCAUCCAUCAGAGCGGGACAACCCGACUGGCCCGGUGGCUGCCGUCGCUUCCUAACUAGCUAGCUAGCUAGCUAACCUCAACCCGCUAACUUCACCAGUUUAGGGCGGUUUAAGGGACGAGUAGUGUGGGGAAAGAGGGGCCUCCUCCGGCUACUACGACUCGGUUUACAGCUGACCUGGAGAGCAUAACACCCCGGUUUAUUUUCCGUAGCAACAUCCUGCUGAGAUGGACAACCUAAGUGAAGCCCUGGAGAAGCUGAAGCUAGCGUCUACAGACAGCGCCACUGACAGCGUGGAGAGUUGCUUGGACUGCCUGCUGAAAGCACUCACCAACAACAACACUGAGGCCAGUGUGAAGAUCCAGGAGAUGGGUGUUCUUCCCUUACUCCCCACCUUGUUAAACCCCCAGUCUUCCUGCACCCCUAAAGUAGCCAACAUCAUAGCUGAGAUGGCCAAAAAUGAGUUCAUGCGGAGUCCCUGUGUUGAAGCCGGCCUCAUCCCUCCUCUAAUUCAGCUGUUAAACUCCACCGACCAGGAGGUUUUACUGCAGACUGGCCGAGCUCUUGGCAACAUCUGUUAUGACAGCCAUGAGGGCAGGAGUGCAGUUGACCUGGCAGGAGGGGCUCAGAUAGUAGCUGAACACAUUAAAUCCCUCUCCCAAAAUACUGAGCCGGAAAAUGAGAAGCUCUUGACUGUCUUUUGUGGCAUGCUGAUGAACUAUAGCAAUGAUAAUGAUUCCUUGCAAGCCCAGCUGAUCAAUAUGGGUGUGAUUCCCACUCUGGUGAAGCUGCUAGGCAUCCAUUCCCACAACACAGCCUUGACAGAAAUGUGUCUAAUUGCCUUUGGGAAUUUGGCUGAGCUUGAGUCCAGCAAAGAGCAGUUUGCCUCUACCAAUAUUGCUGAGGAGCUGGUGCGUCUUUUCCAGAAGCAGACAGAGCACGAGAAGAAGGAGAUGAUUUUUGAGGUUCUGGCUCCACUUGCAGAAAAUGAUGUGAUAAAGCUGCAGCUGGUCGAGGCGGGCUUGGUGGAGUGUCUCCUGGAGGUGGUGGCUCAGACCGUAGACGGAGAGAGGGAGGAGGACAUCGCUCAGCUCAAGACUGCCUCCGACCUCAUGGUUCUCCUGCUGCUUGGAGAUGAGUCCAUGCAGAAGCUGUUUGAGGGGGGGAAGGGCAGUGUCUUCCAGAGGGUCCUGUCCUGGAUUCCAUCUCAUAACCAUCAGCUGCAGCUUGCUGGAGCUCUGGCCAUCGCUAAUUUUGCGCGCAACGAUGGGAAUUGCAUCCAUAUGGUGGACACUGGCAUUGUGCAGAAGCUUCUGGAGCUGUUGGACCGGCAUGUUGAAGAAGGGAACGUUACUGUUCAACAUGCAGCACUGAGUGCCCUGCGGAACCUAGCCAUACCUGUGGUAAACAAAUCCAAGAUGCUGUCAGCUGGAGUAGCAGAUGUGGUGUUGAAGUUUUUGCAAUCAGAGAUGCCUCCAGUCCAGUUUAAACUCCUGGGAACACUGCGUAUGCUCAUCGAUACACAAGCUGAAGCCGCAGACCAGCUGGGAACCAAUGGGAAGCUGGUGGAGAGGCUCGUGGAGUGGUGUGAAGCCAAAGAUCACGCAGGAGUGAUGGGGGAGUCCAACAGGCUUCUGUCGGCCCUCAUUCGGCACAGCAAGUCCAAGGAAGUCGUCAGAACGGUCAUCCAGGGAGGAGGCGUCAAGCACUUAGUUACCAUGGCAACCAGUGAGCACAUGAUUAUGCAGAAUGAAGCGCUGGUUGCGUUGGGUCUCAUAGCAGGGUUGGAUCUGGUGGCAGCUGAGAAGGACUUUGUCGGAGCCAGCCUGGUGUCAGUGCUCCACAAGCUUCUGUCAGACGAGAGGAGUGCACCUGAGAUCAAGUACAACUCUAUGAUCCUCAUCUGUGCAGUCAUGGGCUCAGAGCCUCUCCACAAAGAAGUCCAGAGCCUGGCGUUCAUCGACGUUGUGUCCAAGCUAAGGGCUCAUGAAAACAAAACGGUAUCGCACCAGGCGUCGCUCACAGAGCAGCGACUAACUGCCCAGAGCUAAAUGACUGUGUCCAACCCCACCCACACUCAUCCACCCAAAUGCCUGCCUGACCCACCCAAUCACCCAAUGACACCUCAUGACUGCUCUCCCGUGCCCCAUCGUCAUGUGCCAAGGUACCAUGUCGCGUUAACUGCCAGCCAGACAUACAUCAUGUCUCUACCCCUGACCCUCUGCCCCGCCAACCUCCACUAGGGUUAGACUGAUGUCGAUUUGGAACGCCAAGACUUUGUGCUAACGUACAAAUCAUAAAAUCUGAGCACUUUCUGAUUGAAUCUUUAUUUUGAAUGAUACAAAUUUACUUGUUCGGGUGGAAAAGCCUCUGGAACUGUUUUUAGACUACUGCGGGACACCAAAACUCUCCUCUGAAAGCCAUAAUAAUGAGAUUUAUUUAGGUGGGUUAGCUGGUCCUUAAGGCAGGGCGAGGCAGGUUUCAUUUCAGGCUUUACAAUGGAGCUAUUUGUCAAGAAGUGGACACACCAUUGACUUAUUGGUCUAUCUAUUCUCUCUUCUGUUUGUUUCUUUCUUUUUUUGUUCUGUUUUUUAGAUAAGCUCAUACAUCAGUCUAACCCUGGUCGCAACCUCUACUUGUGCAUGUAUCUUCUGCUACAAGUAGCUCCACGGGAGCUGAGGCGCCAUAGACAGCCUAACGCAAUAGAUAAGAGAUUACACUCUUUUACGACCAUAGCUGUGAUACCAUCCACCGGUAACCCACCAGUGAAAAAUGUGCACAAAAGAACAAAAAAAUUCCUUCCCGUUGUGAUUUUUCUUUCAUUUUUAAGAAAAUCAGCCAUUCAUGAUGUGCCCAGUCGUGUCCCAUGUAGCUCGAGUAUAAAUUGACUAGAAACUGUGCAUGUUUUAGUCCUGUUGAAGGUGUGACAGUGUUCAUUUUACCCCUCUACCGCUCGCAUACUCCAGCGUACAGCCUGCUCUCCUCCACUGACACCUCUAGUCUUGUACACUCCUUUUUUUGCACUUGUUCUUUAGACUCGGAUCUAUAGAUUUUAUCAGAUUUUUAACACAUUCCCCUGCUCCACAAGCUGUACAGUCAAAGUUAGAGGCUCCGCAAGUCUUCACCCCAUCGCUGAGAGAGAACCACGUAAGAACCAGGUGAAACAAACGUAGUGGAGAGCAGAGCCGUAGUCAAGUCUACAAUGUGAGUCCAGUUCAGCGCGAAAACUGAGUGCAGUUGAAGACCGAAACAGGGAAUUGAUGGUGUGUCUAUUCAAAUGGAAGUCUAACUUUAACCAUCAGCUGAGGUGUACAGCCUCUGCAGGAGCUUUGGUAGCGCUGAUCCAGGACCGAAUCACAGGCUCACGUUACCAUUUCCCAAAGGUGCACCUUUCUGACGCUGAGCGGCUCCUUAAAAUGAUUACGAGAAGACUGUUGUAAAUACAAGCUCACCAAACGGUAUGCAUCUUCCUGGUGACUCAUGAGGUGGGGAAAAAAAACGAUGUCAUGUGGGAGCAAAGCCACAACAAAAUGUGAUUUAGUCUGACCAAGAAAGGUCUCUUCCAUUAAAGUCAAUACAAACCAUGUAAAAUUGACAUGCUGCAGGAUGUCUCUUGCAAAAUCUUUGAUGUCACAUGGUGGGUAUAGAGACCUGUCUUCGUCUAAAUCAUGUUUCCUCAUCAUGUUUUGUUACUUUGCGCCCACCUGGCAGUUUUUCUCCCAUCUUAUAGGUCGCUAAGAUUGCCUAUUUAACAUCAAUCCAAUCAAUGCAUCGCAGUUUGCCUAAUAAUUGUUUGACACUGAUCUGCAUACCCAGAUUUCUACGGAUAAAAUUCUUCUUUGCACUGUUGAGAAGACUAUUGACAAAAGUAAAUUUUUAAAAUAUUUUUGGAUGGACAGGAGAUGGUAAACUAUGAAGAGCAGUCAAGAACAAGAUAAUGUCAAAUUAGGCACGAGACUAAGAAUUGAGAAAAGCAGACUGAAGUACUGCAGCCGCGGAUCACGCUUCACUCUGUGAUCCUGCUAUAACACACAACAGUGCCCUACGAGGAAAUCGCAAAAUUGGGGCACUGUUGUGCUCAGUGAGGGAACCAGGGGGUGUCAUUUUACAGUACGAAAUAAAGCAGCCACCAUUCCUACGUGUGUGUACAGUUUGUAUGUGUGUGUUGUGAAUAUGCUGCUCGGGGAAGCGAAGUCGGGGGAUCUUGUGAGAACGGGUAACUGAAUGCAGACGGAGCAGUCGCUGUGAUCGUGCUGUUUGAGCCACCGCCACCACCACAGCAGCAGCAGCACCACGCCCUGCAGAGGACCGGUCUGUCUGUACAGGGGGUUCUUCUAGUCAAAGGGAUUUCUGCUAACAUGCACAUCUCAGCAUGUCUGACACUGUACUGACACUGUAAACAUGCCACAGUGUUUCCUGGUCUGGGCCCACGCUUUUUUUUUAAAGGUAUGAAUGGUUAUUUAUCAGACUUGUGCUCUUCUAAAGACACAUGCCAGUGGAGAUGUAUCCAUAGUAACUGCGUAAAAUACUAUAAACUUAAAUGUUCGUUGUAAAUGUCAUGAGUUGUACAUUUGGAGGAUUGUAACUCAGCAGAUAAUUAAAAGAUGAUAG